CCUGUCAUACCUGUGAUUUUGAUUAAAUCCACAAUGGCUCAAGCUGCGUCUAAAACCUGCGAGGUUUGUGUGAGUGCCCCUGGGUCACACUAUUGUAUAGACUGUGAAGAAUACUAUUGUGAAAAUUGUAAGUUUGUACAUAAUAGGCAGAAGUUAUCGAGAAAUCAUCAAUUUCAGAAAGCCUCCGACAGUAUCCCGGAAGGUAAAUCUAGAUGUAGUGUACACAAAGAAGUAUUAUCCCUAAUUUGUAAUACAUGUAAUGCACAGAUAUGCACACGUUGUGUGACAGAAAAAAAACACAAUGGGCAUACAUUUUCCCAGAUUGUUGAUGUCAUCGUUCAACUACGUGGAGAUAAUGAAACGAAACUUCGUGGCAAGAUAAAUGAAGCAAAUCAAAAAAUAAAGAAGAUUGAGGAAAGCUUGAAUGUGUUUGAUAAUUCCGUGGAGUCUGUUAUAAAAGCCAUCAACGAUGAAGGCAACAUGAUUAAACGCAUGGUUGAUAAAUCUGUAGCUCAGAUCAUUGCCUUAGUGAAAGAACAAUCCAAAAAGGAGAAAGACAAACUGAUGAAUAUGUUGUCAGAUGCUAAAUCCGUGCUUGUUGGUGGACACACCUUAGACAGAAAGAGAAAUGAACUAGAUAAGACCCGACAGGAUGGAAGUUUGGUACAAAAGAUCAAUAUUCUGAAAGAAGAAAUUGACAAACUACAUAUCAAUUCUCUUCCAGAGUUUCCCAAUAUAUCCUUUAGUCGCAAAUCUGUAGCUGAAGAUGACAUUAGACAACUGAUAGGGACAUAUAAUAUUAGAAAUUGUGCACCAGUCCUAGAAAAAAAGGAGCAACGCCAUGAAUAUUUACACAGAUGUUCUGGCUGUGGGCGUGAGGACAUUACACCAUUCGGAGACGAGUAA